AUGAACUGGCUUUCGCCUGAUGACUCAAGUUCACGACCCCUAGACCCUCUUCGCACCAUUAUUCAUAAGUGUUUCCGUCUGGCCUACCUGAUACAUCCAAACGGCAUAGCGCAAAUUCCGCAGCGUUCCACAACAGCAAGAAAAAUCUCUUCGCGCCUAGCGUGGUAUGCAGCUAAUGCGAUGAUAGAGCUACGAGAUUUUGGAGCUGAGACUUGGAAGAUGAUGAAAAGCACACUGGCUAUUUAUUUAGGGACGUUUGACGGGGAGAUGGAAGCUAGUCCAAAUUCAUCUAAUAUGACUCUAUGUAAAGCCGAUAUACACGAGAAGAUAUAUUCAAGCAGUAGCGUGGAAUGGCCAGGAGUAUCUUUUUGA